AUGGUAAGGUCGGUACUCCUAGUGGUCCUCUUCGUCGCCGUCGCGGCAGCCGUCCCCCUCCAGGACUCCCACUCGGCCGACAAUGUCGUCGGCAAGGACGAGGAGUCCCUCAUGGACAAGCUCAACAGCCGCUGUUCCAAGAGGGAGGCCUCGGCCUGCCUCAUGCUCAAGUUGGUAACCUACGUCAACCGGCUCCUCAAGAAGGCGGAUAUCCCUCUCGGAGACGGGCUAGAGAUCUCCCAGACCAGGCAGGUCGCCGAAGAGCCCUUGGAUUCUUCGGGAAGAGGAUUCGAAACGGAGGAGGAAGCCGUCGGUUCGUUGAUCGCACAGAAGAUGUGGUCCUUCGUCAAGUCUAGGUCAGUCCGUUGGGAAGUUAUCCCCGGGUCCGAGGUCGUCCUCUCGACCACCCCUGAUCAGGAUGGACAGCUCAGCCUCGAUCUUGCCCUCAGGGAGACUGCAGGAGGACAAGAAGGCAGAGGUAAGAAGAACAACAUGGGACCACUCUUGGCCGCCGGUGCCAUGAAGGUUGGUAUGAUGGGAAUCUUAGCCUUCAAAGCCUUGGCUCUCCUCGUCGGUAAGGCCCUCCUGGUGUCCAAGCUGGCCUUCCUCUUGGCGGCCAUCAUCGGCCUCAAGAAGCUCUUCUCCCAGCAGAAGCACGUGACCUACGAGGUGGUAGCCCACCCGCAUCACAGCCACAGCCACGUCAGCGAGCACGGUCAUGGAGGCGGUGGCGGCGACUCCUACAGCUCGGCCUGGGGAAGGUCCAUCGAGCCAGCGGCCUCUUCCGAUCCGCACACGCUUGCCUACUCAGCUCAUGCGCCGAAAUAG